CUCCGGACUCGGGAGUCGGCACUCGGGUCUCGACGUCUCGUCUCGUCUCGUCUCGCCUGCCCGCAGCCCCUUGGCUUCGUUCCAUCCGGCUUCUCGGCGGCGGCGGAGAGGAGGGGGAUGGCGCACCGGCUGCUGCGGGACGCGCAGGCGGACGGGUGGGAGCGGUCGGACUUCCCCAUCAUCUGCGAGUCAUGCCUCGGCGACAACCCCUACGUCCGGAUGUUAAGAGCUGAAUAUGACAAAGAAUGCAAAAUUUGUGCACGUCCUUUUACUGUAUUCCGGUGGCGUCCUGGGCGAGAUGCAAGGUACAAGAAGACUGAGAUCUGCCAGACAUGUUGCAAGCUAAAGAAUGUCUGCCAGGUCUGCCUGCUGGAUCUUGAAUAUGGUCUGCCUGUUCAGGUCCGAGAUACAGCACUCUCUAUCAAUUCCAAUGAUGCAAUUCCAAGGAGUGAUGUCAAUCGCGAAUAUUUUGCAGAAGAGCAUGAUAGGAGGGCCAGAGCUGGCAUAGACUAUGAUUCAUCCUAUGGGAAGGCUCGCCCAAAUGAUACCAUUCUGAAGCUUCAAAGGACAGCACCAUAUUACAAGAGGAACAGAGCUCAUGUUUGCAGUUUCUUUGUGCGAGGUGAAUGUACAAGAGGAGCUGAGUGCCCUUAUCGUCAUGAGAUGCCUGAAACUGGGGAGUUAUCUCAGCAGAACAUUAAAGAUCGCUACUAUGGAGUUAAUGAUCCAGUUGCACUGAAACUUUUGAGCAAGGCAGGUGAGAUGCCAUCCCUGACACCACCAGAUGAUGAGACUAUAAGGACCCUCUACAUUGGCGGACUCGAUAGCAGAAUAACCGAGCAGGAUUUGAGGGAUCAGUUUUAUGCCCAUGGUGAGAUCGAGUCCAUAAGGAUGGUACUUCAACGUGCAAUCGCAUUUGUGACGUAUACUACAAGAGAAGGCGCAGAGAAGGCUGCAGAAGAGCUUGCUAAUAAGCUAGUCAUCAAGGGCGUGCGCCUGAAGCUGAUGUGGGGCAAGCCUCAGGCCCCAAAGCCUGAGGAGGAUGAGUCUGGGAGGCUGGGGCAGGUUUCCCACGGAGGGCUGCUCCCUAGGGCUGUCAUAUCUCAGCAGCAGAGCGGUGACCAGCCUCAGCCCCCCGGGAUGGAGGGCCAACAGCAACAGGCUGCACCAGCAUCGUACUACUUCAACAUUCCAGCACCACCAGCAACGGAGCGGACUGUGUAUCCAUCCAUGGAUCCACAGAGGAUGGGUGCUAUAGUAAAACCACAUGACAGUGAAGGCAAACCAGGGCCGCAGCAAGCCGGGCAAGCUCAGGCAUCAAGCAACCCAGCACAAGGGGGCGGCUAUCCUGCACCACCGCCAUACUACCAUGGUCAGUAUCCACCAUACUAUCCACCCCCACCACCAUACGGUGGCUACAUGCCUCCACCGCGCAUGCCCUACCCACCGCAAUAUCCGCCUUACCAGCCGAUGCUAGCUCAACCAGCACAGGUACAGGCUAGUUCAUCUCGGCAACCACCGCAUGCAGGUGGAGGGCAGCAGCAGCCGCCUGAUGGCCCUCCAGCUCAGCAGCAGCCACAGCAGCCAAUUCAGAACUGAAGUCCUGUCAAGAUGUUGGGUAUUGGUACUGCUCUAACUGCUCGGCAGGAGAAUGCAACCCCCGUGGGUCACCAGCUUUCGUAAUUUCUUAAUUUGUGGUUAACAGUAAAAACUUUGUUGUAUUGCUUAUCAACGUUUGAAGAAAAACCGUGAGAUAUACCGGAUGUAUCCAGCUUCUGGAUUUUGUGGUA